AUGAAUGUAAUAAAGUCUGAGUCUGAUUUCGAAUCUGUGUAUAAUCCAGAUGAUACAAUGCAAAGUGAGGAAAUGUCCUUCUUUAAUAAUUUCAAAUACGAAGGAGACGAUUAUUAAAAUAACAGCUGUGAUGAAAUUCUGAAUCAAGUCAUUUUAUCAAGUUAGAAAUAAAAGAAUACAAUAUAGGUCUUUAACAGUAUAAGAAAUAGCGAUAAAGAAUGCUCUAGGACUAUCGAAGAUUCAACUUAGUUAGAUAAUAUUUUGAAUGAGAUAAGCGAUAACGAUAGCGAUGAAGCAAAAAAAUAUGAUAGAAAUUCUAUACUAAACGAAACAUUUAAUGAAGAUACUUAGUUAGACUCGAAAAAAUACAAUGUAAUUUUUUUAGAGGCAAUAAAGUAGAAUAAAAAGGAAAAAAUACAUAAAAUGAUGAAUCCAAAUUUUCAUAAAGGGCUUUUGGAUGUUACAUUUAAGAAUGAAGAAGGAAUGAAUUGUAUGCUAAUGUGCUGCAUGGUUGAUAAUAUAGAUUUGUUAAAAAAGUUAGUUAAUGAUUACAAUAGCAAUCCGUCAGUCAUAAAUUCAUUAAAUAAAAGAGUUGGUUUGCACUAUGCUUGCAUGCACAACAACCCUGAAAUAUUAACUUUUUUAUUAUCUAAAAAUACAAGUUUAAAAAAUUUUUAAGAUUUAAAUGAAUGCACUCCUCUUUAUUAUGCAGCUUUGAACAACAGUGAAAAAUGUGUUGAAAUAUUAUUAAACUAUGAUGCAAAUAUUCAUCUUCCUAAUAAUUAAAAACUCACUCCAUAUGAAGUCACUACUAAUUAUCAUAUUUAAAAGCUUCUAGAAAAGAAGAUGGUUUAAUAAAAUCAAAUGGCAUAAAAUACUUCUUCAUACAAUAGAACUUAAAUUCAAUGCUCAAAUAGGCUAGCAAAGAAUUCUCGUAAAGAUAGAGUAAAUUAGUUAAUGCAAAAAUGUAAAGACAAUUACUAUUAUUUAAAAGACUUAAAUAGACAUAUAUAGAGUGAAUAGCAUUAAAAUUAAACUUAAAUAUAAUAACCUUAAACCUUUAAGAAGCCUGUUUUAAUUGAUGGGGCAUUUUAUGGAUAAGAAUAGCUACAAAGAUUUUAAAUUACAAGAAAAAAAUUUAGCAGAUUCAUCUAAAGCGUUAAAAAAUCAAUAGAAACUUAAAAGGAAUACAAUGAAAAAUGCAAAGCUUACUAAGAAAGGAUGUAGAAAUUGAACGAUCCUAUUAAAUUGAGACGUAAGGUAACAAUAGAUGAUUUCACCUUUUAUAGGUAAAUAGGGGAAGGGUCGUUUGGAGAAGUUUACUUAGUAAAAAUAAAUGAAAAUGCAGUUAAAUAAACAAGCAGUAAAUCAAGCAGUAGUGGUAGUAGUGAAUCAAGUGUAAUUGAAAAAAUUAAAAAUGACUUAAAUAACAGAGCUAAAUAGAUGGAAAAUAAAGAAAAUUCAAAUUAAUAAAUAUUAUCUAUUGCUGAUGGUAGAUAGACUGAUAUAAUGAUCAGGGAUGAGAACAAGGAAGAAGCAGAAGAUAAUAAAAUAGAUCAAAAUGCUGCUCACAUUAAGAGAUUAUAAUUUUUAUUAAAUAAAAAUAACGAUGAAUUGGAUGAUCCUUCAUAAAAGUUUUAUGCAUUAAAAAUUAUUAGAAAAGAAGCCUUAAAGAAAAAGAAAUUAGCUUAGUAUAUAGAGUUCGAAAAAUCUGUUAUGCAAGAAAUAAAGCAUCCUUUUGUUGCUAAGCUUCACUUAACCUUCCAAAAUGAUACACAUUUAUUUUUGUUGAUGGAUUUUUAUCAAGGUGGAGAUUUAGGAAGAAUUUUGGAAAAGGACAUAGAAGUAGAUGAGUUUUAAGUUAAGGUAUGGGCAGCUUAAAUAGUACUUGCACUUGAAGAACUUCAUAAGAAUGAUAUUAUUUAUAGAGAUUUAAAACCAGAAAAUGUUGUUUUAGAUGCAAAAGGUAAUCUUCAUCUCAUAGAUUUUGGUCUUGCAAAGAAGGGUGUUAAUGCCAUUACUUCAAGCUUUUGUGGUACUCCAAUAUAUCUUCCACCUGAAAUUGUAGGACGUAGUGGCCAUAAUAAAAUGGUUGAUUGGUAUAGUUUAGGAGUUAUAAUAUACGAACUUUUAAUUGGAAGACCUCCUUAUUUUUCAAGUGAUUGCAAGUAGUUAUUUAAUGAUAUAUAAACAUAACCACUUAGACUACCUAAAUCUCUUCCAGAAGAGAGUAAGAGUAUUCUUAUUUAGCUUCUUAAAAAGAAUUACAAAACAAGACUAGGAUAUGAGAAAGAUGCUGAAGAGGUCAAAUAGCAUCCUUGGUUUGCAGAGAUAGACUGGGAAAGAGUUAAACAAAAGAGAUAUUAAUGUAUGUAGCCAAAGCUAUUAAAUAUUCCUACAAAUCCUAUGGAAUUCAAAUUAAAAUAAAGUGAAAAGAAUUGCCAUAUAGAAUUGUAGCAUAAGUGGUCAUAUUACAAUAUUGAUGAGACUCCAACACCUAAAUAAUAAGCAUAGGAUAUUCAAGUACUAUGA